AUGGGGAAAGGCGAAGAGGAAAAUGAUGCCAGCUAUACAGCGCACCGAUCCUAUUACACCAUGCUCAAAAACCAGAGCUUCGACAUCGGCAUCCUGGAGAAUGUGCCAGAGUAUCAGGAGGCGGUGGUCAAGGCCAACCUCCCGGGCUGGUCCGUCAAGAGCAAGGUCAUUGACCCGAGGCUUUUUGGGCAGGGUGCCAGCCGACCGCGUCGGUACUUCCUGGUAUGGAACCCCAAAACCGUGGAGUGGAACACGGAGAUCAACAUGGAUGAGCUCUUGUCCUGCCUGCUGUGCCACCCAUCCCUGACCGCUGAGUCCUACUUCUGGAUGGACAAGCCGGCAAGCAAGCUGACCCUUUCUCAGGACUUCUCUUCAGCGUCCAACAGUCAGUACUAA